AUGGGAAAGUCGGGCUCCGGCAAGUCGAGUAUGCGGAGUAUUGUAUUCAGCAACUACGUCGCGAAGGACACUCGGAGAUUAGGAGCUACAAUCGAUGUUGAGCACUCGCAUGUUCGCUUUCUUGGAAAUCUCGUCCUGAAUUUGUGGGAUUGUGGAGGACAAGACGCCUUCAUGGAAAACUACCUCGCAUCUCAACGUGACCACAUCUUCCGCAACGUCGAAGUCCUCAUCUACGUCUUCGACGUCGAAUCCCGCGAGUUCGACCGUGAUCUCCAUACCUACACCCAAUGCGUCGACGCACUCGCCCAAAACUCACCAGAUGCGCAAGUGUUUUGUUUAAUUCACAAGAUGGAUCUCGUACAAGAGGAAGCAAGAGAAAGUCUCUUCCAGGACCGACAAAAUGCGUUACGGGAACGGACGCGAUUGAGGAAGGGCGUUACAUGUCUUGCUACUACAAUCUGGGACGAGACGCUCUAUAAAGCUUGGUCGAGUAUUGUCUACACGCUCAUUCCGAACAUUCCGACGCUCGAACGACACCUCGCCCAUUUCGCGGAGAUCGCGGAGGCAGAGGAGGUCGUAUUGUUUGAGCGAACGACAUUCCUCGUUAUUUCACAUGCGGCUGGGGCGCAGGAUGCGGAACAUCCUGAUCCGCACCGGUUUGAGAAAAUUAGUAAUAUUGUGAAGCAGUUCAAGCUGAGUUGCAGUAAAAUGCAAUCACAAUUCAACGCUUUCGAACUCCGUGCUCACAACUUCUCGGCGUUUAUUGACGUACUGACGCCGAACACAUACAUCAUGGUUGUGAUGAGUGAUCCGGCGGUACAAUCUGCGACCACGUUAAUGAAUAUCGCUACAGCUCGCAAAUAUUUCGACAAGAUCGAGGCGAAUGAUAGAGGGUCUAAGGACCAACGAUGA